AUGUCAGAGGCUAUUGUCGCCGCCCCCACAGUCGCCGAUAUUAUUGCUCCGCAAGCAUCUGUUGCUGCCGAGUCCGCCACUACUGCUGCGUCUGGACCAGGGGAAGUAACAGUACCAGAAGUAACCAGUCCUGUUGUGCCAAGCAAGAAGCGCCAAUUUAUGACAACGGUCACAAUGCCUGUCAAGAGGACGCUCCGGUCAGCAACAACUACCACCACUUCGCCUAUUCCCACCACCUUCACGGCAGCAACUAGUAACCCUCUCUCAUCAAUCCAGUCUCCUGGCCCUGUCCUGUCACCUACUGUGCCAGAGAGUCCAGUAGCAAAAGCGCCUCCGGCAACAACAGCAGCGGCGGCGGCAGCAGCAAGCGCAGCUGUCAACAAUAGAGUGAAGGGGCAGAUGGAUAGAUGGGUCUUUACAGAGGAGCAUGUUGCCAUGCUGGAGGCGUCAUUUUUGAAGAACCCGUAUGUUUCCUCAGCAGAUAAAGCCUCGUUUUCACAAAUCAUUGGCUGCAAUGAAGACAAGGUUCGGAACUGGUUCAGCCGUCGUCGCACAAAAGCAAAGUUGGAGGAGGCCAUUCAUGCGGACCAAAUCAUGGAGGAUGACGAUAUGGAUGGUACACGCCUAGAUUCAUUGCUGACGUCUACAGAGAUCAUGAAGAAAAUGACUAGGAUACUGCGUGGAAAUGCGAUCAUCGCGCCAGGCGAUGUGGAAACUGUCAUCACCCUUAUGGGAUCGGCUGAGGAUAAGGCAUCACGGAAAUAUAUCAUCAACGCGUUGAUGCACACCAGUGCUGCACCAGUUGUCACAGCGUUUGUAUCGUCUCGGGGUCCACAGAUCAUGCGCGGUUGGUUCGUAGCAGCAAAGGCAACGCCGAACGAUCAGGAGAACAAGGAGAUCAUGCUGAGGACGAUUGCAGUCUGGGCCAAGUUGCCGUUCAACUAUGAACUUCUCAAGGAGUUUGAGCUUGGAAAGGUUAUCAAAAGUGUAUCCAAGGACAAGAAUAUGGGCGAUGAUGUGGUGGCAAAGGCGCUGCAGUUGGUGAAGCAUUGGAAAAGGCAGGUGAUGGAAGAGAUGGGUGGAUCGACAGGAGAGGGGGCUAGCUCAAAUUCGUCGUCAAGUUCUGGAUCAAAAUCUGAAGGAUUGAGUAACAAACGGGGCUUCCAAGGAAAUGGACCUGAAGGAGAUCGCGCAAGGAUCAAGCGGGACCGCGACGAUAGCGCGUUUUCUCAUCCGUCUGAAAUGAAGUUGCCCAAGUUUAACAAGGGCAAGCCUGCGCCAGCUCCAGCGAUAGAGACCAAGAAGACGCAUAUUGUGGCCCAUGCUGGAUUCUUCAAGGAGUUGAUGGCACCCAACAAACCACCGCCACCGCCACCAUCGACAAAUAAGACACUGGCUACAUCACUCGUAGUCUCUACUGGUGGGCCUUCAAAACUCCCUUCAAAACAUCAGGCUGCUGACUCUAUGGCGUCGCCACUCAAAUCAGCACCGUCUCCACCUGCUACGCCUACUACUCCUACCACACCUGUCACACCUACUACCCCAACCAUCGCUGCGUCUGCAUCAAGUGUGCUGAUGUCUCCUGUGGUUGCUGAAUCCUCGCCUGAAGCUGCGCCUGUGUCUGUGCCUGUAUCUGUGACUGUGUCCGUGCCUGUGUCCGUGCCUGAAGUAACCGCUGCGGCUGUAACUGCACCUGUUGUCGCACCAACCCCAGCAGCACUUCAAGCUAUAGCUGCUGCAGUUGCAUCUCUGACUAGAUCGAAUCCUAUUCCAACGGAAGCAGAAACGCCAGCGACGGAAGUUCCAGCAGAACCGGUUAAACCAUCAAAGCCUAAGAAGGUAGUUCGAUUCAAGGCAGCCGAUGAACUGGAAAUGAUCAGAUACUUUGUGCCCUACAACGAUGCAGAGGAAAAGGAGGCAUUGAUCAGCGGGGAUCUGUGGCGACCACCGCCCAUGUUGCUUCUUGGUGGUGAUGAGCGAGGAUCUGCAAGUACCGAGAAGAUUGUUCAGGAGCAGCGUGAAGCCGAGACACUUUCGGUUAAUUAUAUCAGGGAGGCUUAUAUCCCUAUAUCGCCUGCGGAACCAGACCCUGAUCCGAUGGAUACUACUGCUGUGGCUACAGCUGAUGCGGCUACAGCUGAUGCGGAUGCUAUGGAUAGUACUUUGCCAAGCGCCCUUCCUACGUUUGAGACGACGACGGAUCAUUCAGCGAUUCUUAUGAGCUCGCUGGCGUUCCUGACACAGGUGGCAUCUACUUCAGGUCCCACCGCAGCAGCAGCUACAGCAGCAACAACCCUGCCAGAUGCAGAUCAAUCUCAAAUCGGGUCCUAUGGCUCAAUGUACAGUACAGCAGGCGCUGCGACGUAUGGAUCAGGAAGUGCCGGUGGAUAUGGAACUGGAGUAGCAGGAGCUGGUUAUGGUACUGGGGCAUCUGGCUAUGGCACCGGUGGAGCGGGAUAUGGCACUGGAGCGGCAGGGUAUGGUACUGGAGCCGCGCUCUUUGGAGCAGGUGUUAGUUCGUAUGGCACAUAUGGCACCGGUGCUUCUGGUUAUGGCGCUGGCGUCAGUGUCGCGCAGACACAACAGACACAGCCGCAGGCUUAUCAGUACCAAGGGUACCAGCAGACAAGUCAGGCUGCGUACAAUCCAAGCUUGGCAACUCAAGCAUACGAUUACCAGCAACAGUACCAACAGGCGAACACCACCGCUGCGGCUGCCACCUCCAUUGCGCCCGUGGCGACCGCAACUGGCGCUACUUCUAAUAUGGACCCUUUGGCGCUGAUCGAGAUGUUGAAGCAGGUGACUGGUCAUCAACAACAACAACAACAACAACAACAUCAACAACAGGGACAGUAUGGGUUCCCUCAGAACUGGCCCAAUGCGAGCUAA